GCAGUGCUUCCUAGUGCAAAAACACUAUCCAUUUCAUAAUAAGAUAAUACAAGUAAAAUAUUUCCGAUUUGGCAAUUUAUCGCUGUUUGUGACUGAUGAGUCAGAUGAGUCAACCCUUGAUGAGUCAAUCAUUCCUUUCUGCGCAUGCGCAUUUUCUCUGAUUAUUCUGCGUGGAGACAUUAGUUUUGCCAUAAUUUUUCAGAUUUAAUAACUGCAAACCGUGAAUCCGUCCUUUAACCCAAGCUGAAAAAUAAAAGUUACUACACAAUGUCGACCUACGACAACACUAGAAAUGGUCCAGAUUUUGAGAAAAAUGGUGAGCAGCCACAUGAAUAUGAUGGCCCACCUGGAAUGGAAACCAAUGGUGUUAUUGUUAGUAACUGGGAAGAAGUUAUUGAUAAUUUUGAUAAUAUGCACCUUAAUGAAGAACUGCUGAGAGGCAUCUAUGCUUAUGGUUUUGAGAAACCUUCUGCAAUUCAACAGAGAGCUAUUAUACCGUGUGUGAAAGGUCUUGAUGUUAUUGCUCAGGCCCAAUCUGGUACUGGUAAAACCGCCACUUUUUCUAUAGCUAUUUUGCAACAGAUUGAUACUUCUCUGAGAGAAUGUCAAUCUUUAAUUCUUGCUCCAACAAGGGAAUUAGCUCAGCAAAUUCAGAAAGUAGUGAUUGCUUUAGGUGACUAUAUGGGUGCUCAGUGUCACGCUUGUAUAGGUGGCACUAAUGUUCGUGAGGACAUUAGGAAACUUGAAAUGGGAGUGCAUGUGGUAGUUGGAACGCCCGGGCGGGUUUUUGACAUGAUCAACAGGAAAGCUUUAAGAACUGAUCACAUUAGGAUAUUUGUUUUGGAUGAAGCUGAUGAAAUGCUUUCCAGAGGUUUUAAAGAUCAAAUUUAUGAUGUAUUUAGGACACUUAAUUCUAGUAUACAGGUGAUAUUACUAUCUGCCACUAUGCCUGCUGAUGUACUUGAAGUUACUAAACAAUUCAUGCGAGAGCCAAUUCGCAUCUUAGUCAAGAAAGAAGAGCUUACUCUGGAAGGUAUUAAGCAAUUUUAUAUUGCUGUGGAUAGAGAGGAGUGGAAGUUAGAUACAUUGUGUGAUUUAUAUGAAACUUUGACCAUCACUCAAGCAGUCAUAUUUUGCAACACCAGAAGGAAAGUCGAUUGGCUCACAGAUAAGAUGCGAAGCAAAGAUUUUACUGUUUCUGCUUUGCAUGGAGAUAUGGACCAAAAAGAAAGAGAUGUUAUCAUGCGAGAGUUCAGAUCAGGAUCUAGUCGUGUUCUGAUUACUACUGAUAUUUUGGCUAGAGGUAUUGAUGUACAGCAAGUCUCUCUUGUCAUUAAUUAUGAUCUUCCAACAAAUAGAGAAAACUACAUUCACAGGAUCGGAAGAGGUGGUCGAUUUGGUCGUAAAGGUGUGGCUAUUAACUUCAUAACAGAAGAUGAUAAAAGAUCACUCCGUGAUAUUGAACAAUUUUAUAACACUCAAAUAGAAGAAAUGCCUUUAAAUGUAGCUGAUCUAAUUUGAAGAGGAUAUUUCAUUGUAUGUGGGUGCAUUAUUCUGUGCUCAGACUUUGAUUUAAGAAACAGCAUUUUUCAGUAAACUGAAAUUUAUUCAAAACAGACUCUUAUACAGGUUGGCAACUAAUGAGUUCUCCUAUCUCAUUAAUAAGCUGUCCAAGUUUUUAUUUACUCUUUGUGAAUUAAUUAAAAAAAAAAGGAAUCAUUAUAAAAAAUUAAAAUUUUUUUCUUCUUUCAGUAUUGUAUCAUAAUGUUCGACUUGAAAAAAAAUUCGCGCAGAACUAUUUUUAUUAUUUGUAUGAUGUGCUUUUUUUGGGGUAUUAUUACUUAAUUAUUUAAACAGUUCUUUUUUUUUUUAAAAAACUAUUAGUGUAUGUUUUACUUUACAAUUCGGUGUCAGUUCUCUUUCUCUGAACUGGUAAAUAAUUGUUCAGAGCAGAAUGAGUAUUGCUUUUUUUUUCCUUCCAUUGUGUAAAGUUGGAAUCUUGUAACAAAGAUAAUUGAUUAAAUAUUUUUUAUUUAUAUUGA